AAACUACCACAAAACCUUCUUUCUCAUAUAGUAUAUUUAUAUAUCAUCAUCAAGCUCAAGAGAAUGCAAAAAUGGUUGGAUUAAGCGUAGUGUUAGAGAAGCAAAGCAGUGGUGAAGUCAUCAACAAAACAACCAUGUUCAUCAACACCAAAGCUUCACACUUAAAUUACCCACUUCCACCUUUUCUUCAGCAAUGCUUCCUCUGCAACCGGAAACUCUUGCCUGGGAAUGACAUCUACAUGUACAAAGGGGAUAAGGGUUUUUGCAGUGAGGAAUGUAGGUGCUGGCAAAUUUUCAUGGACGAAGAAGAGAGUUUGAAGAAAGAUAAGUACUGUUCUUUUGCUAGCACUAUAUCUUCUUCAACUUCUUCGUCUUCUUCUUCAGCCUCUCACUGCCGCCGCCGCCGUCACCGACGCGAAGCUGCCGGAGACGGUGGUAAUGGUUUUGCUUAUCGAGUGAUGAAAUGA